AUGGAGGGCGACCGGAGGUACCACAUGCAGGGUAACUGCGACAUGAGCAUGAACAGUAACUGUGAGCCGAAUGCCAACUAUUACGAGGGUCCAGGGGGGAUGCAUAACGGGCUGUACUACAACAGUUAUGAAGACGAUCGGGGGGGAAGCUUUCCCAUGGGGAGAGGAGGAGGAGUAGCAGCAGGAGGAGGGAACGUUUACAUGGGGGACGAAAAGGGGAUGGUGAGGGGGGGUGGUGGUCUUCACGGAGGGAGAACGAUACACAGCAUGAACUCCCCACCGAAUGUGGUCUACAACAGAAACUUUAACUUAAAUAGUAACCCAAAUUACAACACGGGGAGUUACCCAACUCAUAACAACGAAUACAGUGGCAUGAAUUAUCAAAUGAUGAGUAGCAGUGGAAGUGGUAGUAACUACCCAGGGAGCAUGGUGAAUGUGAAUAUGAAUAUGAACAUGAACAUGUCUUCUCCUAGUCCCUACCCGCCACGUGAGCAAUACGUACUGAACAAGAAGGCAGCCAAAAUACUUUACAUACAUAACAUAACGAGCAAGUUAGCAGAUGAAAAUUUUAUAUAUAGUGUUUGCUAUGUCUAUGGGAACGUAGAAUCAGUGAGCUAUAUGAAGGGAAAAAAUUUAUUUAUUGUGAAAUUCGAGUCUUCUGAUGGUGCCUUUAGUGCGUAUAAGUACCUACCGACUCACUUUAAAAACAUACAUCUGGAGCUACGAAACGAGUCGAGGAAAAUAAGUUACUUUAAUGAAAAGGCGAACAGUAAUAAAUAUAUUUCACCAAACAUAUCAGAAAAAAAAUUCCUUUCUCUGAGUCUGGAGAAGAGAGAACAGAUUAUGAACAUAAAACAGAAAGAGUUGCUUCGCAAAUGCAAGGAGAAACUGAAUCAGUAUAUUAAUAUGUUUAAUAAUAAAAGUAUAACUGAUGAGACAAAGGAGAAGCUCAAGUGUUUAAUUGAUCAUUUAAAGACAAGGAUAGAGUCACUUAACAACCAGUGUGAUGGGAACCCUUUGGGGGACUCCUCUAGUGCCACUUCUUUUAAUAAUUAUGACCGGGGCCCUUCGGGGAACAUAAGCGGGGGGGACCUCUCCGGGGGAAGCCUAAGUGGGAACAACAACCCUAAGAGGUAUGCCAUCAUUAAAUAUAGCAACGAAAAUAUUGCCAGGAAUGUGUUUAAGAAUUGCAGCAUGUGCAACAUAAAUGUGGAGUUUGUGCAGGACGACGCGGAUGGGCAGGGGGCCAGUUGA